AUGGUUUCGAAAAGAAGAUCGUCAAGAGUGCCCGAUCAGCUGAAAAAGCUCAAAAAACCCAAAGUGGAUGAUGAAUUGUACGAUUUUUUCAAAUCCACGAUGGCCCUUGCCCAAGAAUUGCGAGACGGUCCAAGAUUGAUCAAAACCCAAUUUAUGAGACUACCUUCUAAGAAGCUUUACGCUGAUUAUUACGAGAGGAUUAAAAUCCCGGUGUCUUUUCAGGAAAUCAAGGAAAAAAUCAACAAUAACGCUUAUGGAGAUGCCAAAGAAUUCUUGGCGGACUUCGAAUUGAUGUCAGAUAAUGCCUCCGAAUAUAACUUGAAAGAAAGUUUGAUCGCCAUAGAUGCUGCCAAUAUUUCCAACUUUGUUCGGGAUCAAGUGGAACAGUUCCUUAAAGAAGAUGUUGGCGAAAGUGCUGAAAAAAAGGCCGAGGCCAAAGAAUCGGGAACCAGAUUGAAAUUGAAAUUGAAUAAUAGUUCAAAAACAAAGACUAAGGAGGCCGAAGAACCAGUGGACACCAACUUUCUCAAUAAGAGCAUCAAUGCAGACCUUAGGCACAAACUUCAAGACUUGUUGGAAAAAUUGAAGAAUUUUACAGAAAAUGAUGAACCAAUAGCCGAUGUUUUCCUCGAAGAACCUUCCAGAAAACUAUAUCCAGAUUACUAUACCAUCAUCAAAAAGCCAAUAGCCAUAAACACCAUUCUCAAAGGCUUGAACAAUAAGAAGUCUUCAAAAUAUUCAAAAGUCGAGAAUUUUUUUGCUGAUAUGAAUUUGAUGUGGAAAAACGCCCAAACUUACAAUGAAGAAGACAGUUUAGUUUAUCAUUUUUCGGAGGUUUUAUCCAAACAUUUCAAUGAAUCAUUAUGCCAGCUUGCCAAUGAUGAAGGAUUGACGAUUCCAGGGUUGAGCGAAAAGGUUGAUCUCCCUGCCCCAGGACACAAAAAGAAAGGUAGAUCAACAAAGCAUACUGCUGGUGCUGGAAGUUCGUUAAAACUCAAGCUUUCUAAACUGUCUGCCCCAAUGAAAAAAGAGACCAAAUCGGUCAAGGACGAAGUAGAAGAUGAAAUACCGGAAGAAGCCGAAGAAGAAAAAGAACCAGAGGCUAAGAAAGAGGAUGAGGAGGAGGAGAAACAAGAAGAAGAAGAAGAAGAAGGAGAAGAAGAAGCUCGGGUAGCAGAACAUGAAAAGUCAGAGGACGCUAGAAAGCCAAGAAGAAGAGUAAAAGACGGGGAUUAUGCGUUGAUCAGAAUGGUUUCUAUCAAUUCGUCAAGACCCAAAGGGUUUGGAAACCAAAGGAUGCAUUAUGGCCAAACCGGGUCCGAUUCACAAUUUGCGAACACGGUUUUCCAAAAUUGGUUUGAAUACAAUUUUGAAGCUGGUGACUACAAAAUUUCCAACGUUGCAUUAAACUUGCCAGUUUUCAACAAUAUUUCAAAUAAGGGGGCCCUUACAGUAUUUGCCACUUUGCGUGACGAUUUGGUAGAUAAAAAAUAUGAGAACUUCCUCACAGUUAAUGAUGAAAGAGUCAAACCCAGCCCAAGUAUAACUUAUGCAGAUAGUGAUAAGGUAUUGACAACGAGGUAUGAUUUGAAGUUGGCGAUGGGGUUGAAUAAUAUCCGGAUAUCCGCCAAAGUUCUUAGGGACAAUACUGUCAGUGGUGGGAUUGAUAGUAGUAAUAUCCUCACUGUCAAAGAUAUGGAAAGAUUACCAGAAGAACAUAUUGAUUUCUGGGUUAACGUCUGCCAAUAA